CGUCUACGCAGCGUGCGUGAUGUAACGUGGUUGGGAACUGCUGCGAUGUUGUGAGGCCUUGGAUACGCCGAGGUCCGGGCGUUUCUCGUGAUUUUGUUCCCCGCUGUGGGUUGUCAAGUUUUCUGAUUUGUAUCUUAGCUACCUUCAGUCCAAACAUGGAAGCCCCAGCCAAAGUAGUGCAAAAAGGGGUACGGAAAAUACGGCCUCCAAAGGCUAAGACUUCUUUCAGCAAUCCUUUUGCUUUUGAUUGGUGUCCUUUGAACCAGGGAAGCAUGGAAUUCAUCUUAAAGAAGUUGCAGGAAACGUUUCAACAGAUUAAUCUGUACAAACAGGAAUCAAUUCAGAAGCCUAGGAAACCAAGAGCUACCAAGACAUCAAAAAAUCAAGAAAAUAGAAGUAUGGAAGAGAAUGUUGAAGGAAUCAGAGAAGGCCAGAAGAUUGAAGACUUGAAAGAGGAUGAUAAAGUGAUUAGAGGCCCAGAGACCAAGCAAGGAUGGACUAAUGUGGAACUUCGGAAACAGCUGGCUAUUGGAAUCAAUGAAGUAACUCGAGGCUUAGAGAAGGACAAAUUAUGUUUGGUUCUGGUGUGCAAGUCAGUGAAACCUCCUAUUAUGACCCAGCAUCUCAUUCAGCUAAGCGUAAGUAGAACAGUCCCUGCCUGUCAGGUUCCCCAACUGAGUGAAACUGUGGCACCUUUAUUGGGCUUAAAAUCUACACUUGCACUGGGAUUUAAAAAGAAUUCAGAAACUUUUAUUGAAAUGAUUAAUGCUAUUGGCCCACAGGUGCCACCUUUAAAUAUUUCAUGGAUGCAGGAAAGUCAGCAAGUUGAGAGUGCUGAAGAAUUAGAGACAGAGUUUGAAGGGACCAAUGAAAUGCCAAUGACAGAAGAAAUGGAUGUUGCAUUUCCACAAAGUCAGAAGCGUAAAUUCUGUGAAAUUGCAUCAAAAGACAGUCCUCUGGAAUUCUGUAGUACGACAAAGAAAAAAGCAGGAAUGAUGUUGCUGCCUUUAAAAAUAAAGAAAGUAAUUCCAAAUCCAAAUAAAAUUCGGAAGCCAAAAAAGAAAAAGAAAUAACAAUUGACUGCUGGACUUGAGCUAGAAAAUGUAGGCAACGGCAGUAAGUCAGUUAUUGUUUGUGAACAGCAGGUAAAGAAAUGCUGGAAAUAUUCAGAUCAGACAGGAUCUGUGUAGAGAAAAGUGUUUCAUAACUGACUUCCCUUUCUUUUUACGAAUUCAGAUUUCCACCAUCUGUAGCUUGUUGCUUUCAGAUAAAUCAUGGAUUUAUUUAUGUACCCUAUGACAAAAUUGAAUUAAAAUUGUAUUUAUAAAGGAACAGAAGAGGGAAGAGGUUGGUAAAACAUUCUCAAACAUGUAAUUUUCUGAAUUAAAUAUUUUGUGCAAUUUCA